AUGAGACAUGCACAUCGCUUCCAGGUCUCCAAAGGUUCAAGGAUGAUGACUCCAGCUGUGGUCUUUGUUUUGUUGGCUGUUCUGGGACAGACAAGUGGCAAUGCUGGUGCCAAUAUUGCUAGAGGUGGAAAAGUGACUCAGUCCUCCGUGGCAUGGAAUGGUGUCCCUGAGAGGGCCAUUGAUGGAAAACGUGAUAACAUCUAUAGUCAGAGUUCAUGUAGCCACACAAAUCAUGAUCAAAAUCCAUGGUGGAGACUGGACCUCCUGAAGACGUAUAAAAUCAACUCUGUCACCGUCACCAACAGAAAGGAUUGUUGCCACGAUAGAAUCAAAGGUGCUGAGAUCCGCAUUGGAAAUUCCCCUGAUGGCAAUGAUGGUUCCAGAUGUGCUGUUAUCGCGUCUUUAGGACCUGGGGCCACCAAAAAGUUUGAGUGUAAAGGACUGGUCGGCCGUUAUGUAACCAUUGUGAUUCCAGGAAGAAAAGAAUACCUGACACUGUGUGAGGUGGAAGUCACUGGGAUAGAAUCAGAUGAAUCAGAUGAUUCCAAUGAAUAUGCCUGUGGCUGA